AUGGGUCAAGGGCCUAAAAAAAUUAUAUUUCAUAUCAAGGAAUAUGGGCUGCACAGGCCUGACACAGGUUCUGCCUCACAUGGGCCUGAAGUACCCGUGAUCCACCCACCUGAAAGGCUUUACCAAGAGCAUUCCAACCUGAGACUGACCUGUGAAGCCGACACUUUCCCCGACGCACAUUAUAUCUGGUUUUGCAAUGGGAUGCAGUGCGGCACAAGAUCGGAGCUGCUUGUUCAGAAUGUCACCCUAAAGCAUUCUGGGAAUUACGUUUGCCAAGCCAUGAACGUUCUCACUCUCCAGAAGAGGAACAGGACGCAGGAGAUUGAGGUGGAAGGAGUUCAAGUGCGUGACGUCACAGUCACUGGCCCCUCCGUGGCCACCGAAGACCAGCCCGUCACUUUGAUGUGCACCUCUGCAGGCACCUCAGUUUCGUACUCCUGGUUUAAGGGGGGCCAGAGUCUGGAACCAGGAUAUCAUAUUCUUCUGACCAACAACAACCAGAAUCUCACGCUCGACCCAAGUCACCGGAGUGACUCUGGCGUCUAUACUUGCAAGGGCUCCAACAGUAUCUCUUCCGCUUUCAGUGAGCCUCACCGGCUGGAUAUUCUAUAUGGACCUGAUCCACCUAUCAUCCAUAAGAUUAUUGACCUGAAACGUUCCAAGUUUCACCUGUCCUGCAGAACGGAUUCAAAUCCUGCCCCAAGCUACAUCUGGUUUCUCAACAGGAAGUUACUCCCUGACCAACCCAGCGUGCUUGUUGUGGAUCUUGCUAAAGACUAUGGUGGGAAUUAUACCUGCCAAGCCGAGAACAGAAGCACCAAACAGAAGAGAAAGACCACCUUAGAAAUUGAGGUGGUAGGCUCCUGGUUCACAUACCGAAGUAACUAAGUAGAUUCUAAUGCAUAAAAGCACAAGGUUAGAUCCUGCAACCCACCGGGGAUUGUUCCAGUGACUGGCACAAAACACAUGCCAUCGAUUCGUGGCCCGUAUUAAUCAAACCCUGGAAACCGCUAGCAUCAAGAUGCUGGUAACAACCUUCUUUUCUGCCCCUCCUGUAUCAUAAAAACACAGAUGUCCCCUCAAGUUUCACCUUGCAUCACUGAUGUUUUUGAUCGUGGUGUUCUGCGGAGUCUUUAUAUCCUUUCUUCACUUCCCCCUCU